AUGAGAGCCCCGCUGCUGCCGCCGGCGCCCGUGGUGCUGUCGCUCCUGCUCCUCGGCUCAGCCCAGUAUGCUGCAGGAUCGGCUGGCAAUGACACUUCCUCUGGGAAAGGAGAACCAUUUUCUGGGGAUCACGAUGCUGAUGAAUUUGAGGUCACCUCAAGAAGUGAGAUGUCUUUAGGAAGUGCGAUUUCCCUUGUGAAUGAGAUGCCUUCCGAUAGCGAACUGUCCUCAGAAAUUGACUAUGACUAUGCAGAAGAGUAUGACAUUGAAUCACAAAUAUCUGGCUAUAUCGUAGAUGAUUCAGUCAGAGUUGAACAGGUAGUUAAGCCCAAGGAAAACAAAACAGAAAGUGAAAAUACUACAGAUAAACCCAAAAGAAAGAAAAAAGGACACAAAAAUAGAAAAAAUAGAAAAAACAGAAAGAAAAAUCCAUGUGAUACAAAAUUUCAAAAUUUCUGCAUCCAUGGAGAAUGUAAAUAUAUAGAGCACCUGAAAACAGCAACAUGCAAAUGUCAUCAGGAUUACUUUGGUGAACGGUGUGGGGAAAAAUCCAUGAAGACUCACAGCAUGGUUGAUGGUGAUUUAUCAAAAAUUACAUUAGCAGCUAUAACUGCCUUUGUCUUCGCCGUGAGCUUUGCGGUCAUUGCUGCUGUUAUUGCAAUCCAGCUUCGAAAACGAUACUUCAGGGAAUAUGAAGGAGAAGCUGAAGAGCAAAAGAAACUUCGACAAGAAAAUGGAAAUGCACAUGCCAUAGCAUAAAUGAAGAUGAUGUUACAGGGUAUCUGAUCGGAGUCACUACCAAGUCACAACCAGGAGUGAUGCGUUGGUUUCUCUUU